UCUCUCUCCUACCACUCUCCUGCAAGCCUCUCUCUCUCCAAUCACUUUUCAUCUACAACCCCUCUCCCCAACCAUUUUCCAUCUACAACCUCUUUGUCUUUGCCUUUUGCAGAUGAUGUCGUAGAUCCGGUGAUGCGAAAGAUGACGUCACAUCUUCACAGCUUGGUUUGUUUGAGUUGAUGAGUUGUUGCUAUUCUUUCUUGGCUUGUUGACAGUAGUUCUUAUUUGUGAGGGCGAUUUCAACUACUGCGCCCGCUGUUUGGGGUCUUCCAUGGUGUAGAGGAUGAUGAAGAAGUUCUGGAAGCGAGAGAGAAGGUGAAAAAUUACAGUAGAGGAUGGAAAUCAAUGGCUUUACUAAAUGAAAGUGACAAAGAAGAUGAUAUUAUCAUAGGAGCUGCUGCUACUAAGGAUGUUAAUGUAGAUACAGGGGAUGCUGAAAGAGGUGAUGUUGAAAUGGAUGGCAGUGAUGUUGAAUUGGAUGCUGCUGCCGAUGCUGAACUGGAUACUGGUGGUGAGUCAGAUGGUCUAUGCAGUGAUUAUUUCAAUUCAUCUGAUCCUGGUAGCUAUAGAGAUAGCACUGAUGAAGACAUUGAAUUAAGAGAUGAUGCAGUCCGGAAGAAGAGCAUAUUCUCAAGAUUCAAACUGAGUUCAAAACAUACAAAUAUCAAUGUGAAUCCAAUUUGUUUCAUCUUUUGAUAUCCUUGACAAUAUAUAUGUAAUUACAUUGUUUGCAAGUCCAAUU